ACAUGACUGAGUACCGUUCACACCCCUCGAACCUACGAAUGUACGAGCCUCUACAAAGGACUGCGCACAUGCCUUGCACAUAGCAUUGCCUUAGACGUUGGACCUGAAGGGGAUCUCACCAUCAUGUCUGAAAUCCCCAUCGUCGUCGGCGUAGGCGACUUCGUUAACCGCUCCACCUCAAUAUCAGAUGCCCACGAGCCAUUGACCCUGAUACUUAACGCCAUCACAAUCGCGCUGGAAGACACCGCUCUCAAUGCAUCAAGUCGCGCGAAACUGCAAUCGGCAAUCGACAGCAUCGACGUCGUCCGCACAUGGACAUGGCCAUACGACGAUUUACCGGGCGACAUCAGCAGGAAUCUAGGCGUCGUUCCACGCCACCGGUUCUACUCCGACCAUGGCGGGAACAAGCCUGCCAAGAUGCUCGAUGAGGCUGCGCGGCGGAUAUCGAAGCGGCGAAGUAAAGUUGCUAUCGUGACUGGCGGUGAAGCACUUGCUUCAUUAACAGCAUGCGCCGCCGCAAAGAAACUGCCUCCACCAGGCUGGAUCGAGACGAAACAGGGCGUCGACAAGGUCUUUUCGCCGACGGGGAGAGAUCUUGGGAAAAACAUCGGAGCAACCCACUCCAUAGGCGAACCGAUUCAAGUCUACCCGCUUUUUGAAGCUGGUUUCCGAGCACAUCGCGGACAAAGUAUAGGCGAUAACAACGACGAGUCAGCACAACUGUACGCUGAAUUUGCAGAAGUCGCUUCAAGUCAGCCUUAUUCUUGGAACUAUGAGAAAUCGCCGAAGUCGAAAGAGGAGAUUGGUACGGUGUCAAAGAGGAAUAGGAUGAUAUGUUUGCCUUAUCCACUACUCAUGAACGCAUUCAACACGGUCAACCUCGCCGCGGCAUGCAUAUUGACUUCCACCACAUUCGCUGAAGAACUGGGCAUCCCCAAGGAGAAAUGGAUAUAUGUUCUCGGCGGUGCAGGGACGCAGGAUGCAACUGAUUUCUGGAAUCGACCAAACUACCACUCCAGUCCGUCUAUUGAACGCUCCCUUGACACUGGUCUUGAAGUCUCGGGUCUGAUACGGGAUGAUAUUGAUUUAUGUGAUUUCUAUUCGUAUGUCUCCUCUUCUGUGUCUCUCACCAUCAGAUGGGCUGACGACGUGGAUCCGAAUAGGUGCUUUCCCGUCGUCCCCAAAAUCGCAGCAACACACUUGAAUCUGCCUAUCACCGGCGGCAGCAAACCAAUCACUUUGCUAGGCGGAUUGACGAGCUUUGGCGGUGCCGGAAACAAUUACUCUAUGCAUGCCAUCACAGAAAUGACACGCCAAAUCCGUGCUGGAAAAGGCCGACACGGUUUAGUCCUUGCCAACGGCGGCGUCAUGACAUAUCAGCAUGUCAUUUGUCUUUCGAAGUCGCCUCGCCGCGAAGGCGUCGCGUACCCGGAUAAUCCGCCAUUGCCGGAAGUCAUUGAAGAUGUGCCGAGUCCCGAAGUCGAUGCCGAAGUCCAGGGUGAACAGGAUGCUGUUAUUGAGACAUAUACCGUUGAAUAUAAGAGGGAUAAUACCCCGCUUCGAGCAUACAUUGUCGGUCGCCUGAAGAGCACUGGACACAGAUUCGUCGCGAAUCACGGGGAUGAGGAGACGCUCAGGCAGUUAUGCUCCCAGACGGAGGAGAAGAUCGGACGGACUGGACGGGUCAAGAGUGAUGGACAACGGAACCUGUUCGUAUUGAAGAGGGAGUUGGCAAGCAGGUUGUAAGCUGUAAAACUUGCCAAUCAAUAUGAUGCUGUACUGCAACAUCCAGGACAUUAGUCGCUUUUGUAGCUCGUGGAGCCUACAUCAAUCUCGUCAAGUCUCUACUGGCUUUUCCUUUCGGCUGCUGUCAUGGGCUGCUUCAUGUUCGGCCUCGUCAUCGUUCCGGGUCCAUUGUCAGUUGGUCUCGGAC